AUGGCCACCCUCCCUGCCCUCCCAACCGAGCUCCAUCGCAUGAUUCUAAGAGAAUGCGACUUUAAAGCAUAUCUCUCUCUCUCACUUGUUACCAAAGCAAUCCACUCGAUCGCCAUACCGUACCUGUACCGCGAGAUCCACUGGGGUUGUUAUCCAGGCCACCUCACAAAAUGGUCAAGCAAGAACCUGCAGCAUCUCGUCCGGAGUCUGAUAGAAAACCCCAGGCUGGCAGCGCACGUUCGGAGCCUCAAUCUCUACAUCGACUACGAAUACGAUUUCGACUACGAGGAGGAGUACCUCGAGAGCUACCCGAUCUCCCAGGCUGAUUUCAAUAUCCAUGCGCAAUCGAUGGUCCUGCUGCGGAGUCUUGAGUUUGAUGACGACUCGGCGGGGUGGUCCGAUGCCCUCGAGGCAGGAAAUCCAGAUGCCUGGAUUGCGCUGCUGCUCUCUCAGUUGGGGGCCCUGCGGUCUCUGGCGCUCAAUGCGCCCCUGCUGCACCAUUCAACGUAUAUUACCACGGCUUUCAACCAACUCGCUAGAAUCGGACACUUCAAGCACCUCCGGCGCGUCGUCUUCGGCGAGAAUUUGCCGGGGUACGAAAUGGCUGGAUUGCGCAUUCCGAACGAGCUGGUCAUCCCCCUAUUCAGUCUCCCUUCACUCGACGAGUUGGAGCUGACUCUCACCGAUCCGAUGGUCAAAACGUGGGAGCUCGAUUCAAAAAAAGCAUCGAAGUCACUGACAAAGUUACGGUUGUACCGCUCCCAUAUAACUGGAGACGACGUCGAUGGUUUACUUUCGCUCACCCCGGCCCUCCGGGAGGUGUACUGUGGCUUCCUGCGCGAUGAGCGCGAAGCCGACAUCACGGACAAGAUUGAUUACAGCCUGCUACAUGGCGCGUUGAGCCGUGUAUCUGGAACCCUCGAGAUCCUUGCGAUUGACGUUCGCUGGAAUAACAAGAGCUGUGACGCUUUUGGCGUUGACCUUGGGACACUCGGACAGCUUCCUAUGCCGCCACUGACGGAGUUUCGUGCCCUGAAACGACUGGAGAUUCCAGGGGAUCUCCUUCUCGGCAAGAAACCGUGGACUAGUCGCAGUCUAGUCGAUACACUUCCCCCGAACCUGCAGUCUCUCACUCUCAAGGACGAAAGCGCAACGUGGAGAAUGCCCUGGGGAACAAUGUCUGAGCAAACUCGCUCGCGCGACAACGCCAUGCAGGGUAUUAUUGACCGGAUCGGCCAGUAUCUCGAACACCCGGCGCGAAGUACUAUGCUCGAGUCGCUGACCGUGGACCUUGCUAAUGGACCGAGGUUUUCUGGCGACUUGGUUGACCCGCUGACAGAUCGCUACUACUCUGUCCAGGUAGAGCAGCUGCGCAAGCUUGCAGAGACUGCCUGCGUGGCGCUUUCGGUGGCAUUUGCUCGCGAUACUGGCAGUUACACGUCCAGCGCCAUGUUGGUUGUCUACGACCCAGUAGACCCGGGGAUGCCCGCUGUUGAACAGGGCGUCGUCUGUACGAAAUGA